AUGGCGGACGACGCCAGUGCGGUGAUGGAUAACGUCCCUCCCGGCCCCACUGAAGAUGCGACUCGCCAAACACCUAGGCAUCUGGGGCACACUACGGCCAAUAUCUAUGGUGACCAUUUUCACCAUCCGCCACAUCUGCCGUUUCUGUACACUCGACAGUCUCCUGAAGAACACAUUCGCCAUAACGGGCAACACCCAAAGGACAAUGGACACGAACGACACCACUUUUACGAUGUAUCUCAGAUUGUUAGCUUUGUGAAUGAACCGCAUUAUCGGCACCAAGCACCCACUGAACAGGAAAUGCUUGCAGAUAUCGAACGCUUGCACGACCACCCAACGGACUAUGAUGGCGAAGACAUGCAUGUUACUGAAAACCAAAUCAAGAAUGUCUAUCAUAGUUUGAUUUAUAUUUUCACUGUGGCCAUUUCGCAGAUGUUCAGCGUGGGAUCUUUAGGUAUUGCUGCGUUCUCCAUGCGUCAAACGGCUGCUGAUUUCCAUGCGCCCUCGUCUGAAAUGGUGUGGUACCUGGCUGCCUACGGUAUUACUAGUGGCGUGUUCGUGUUGAUUGCCGGUCGUCUCGGCGAUGUAUUUGGACACAAAUACAUCUUUAUUGCCGGCUGGCUCUGGACAGCAGCCUUUUCGUUGGGUGCUGGUUUCUGCUCCACCUCUGUUGUGUUUGAUGUCAUGCGAGGCUUAACAGGUGUAGGUACGGCGAUGAUUACACCUUGCGCCAUUGCGCUUUUGGCGCGAGCUUUUCCUCCUGGCUCAACAUGGAAGAACAUGGCCUUUGCUCUUUUUGGUUUCUUUGCACCUACUGGGUUUGUCGUGGGUGGCGCUAUUGGCGCUGGCUUUGCCCAGAAUGUUACAUGGCGCUGGGCCUACUGGUUCUGGGCCAUUAUGUGCUUGUUCUUUGCCAUACUUUCGUUCCUUGUGAUCCCACACCGUCUUGGCAAGUCACUGCCAGGUGUAUCUAUGAUGAAUUAUGAUUAUGUGGGAAGUCUUCUUGGUGUGGCUGGCCUUUUGCUAUUUGCCGUCGCAUGGUCGCAAGGAGGUGGUCUUGGAUGGGAUACCGUAUAUGUGUAUGUGCUCUUGAUUGUGAGCGUGGUCUGCACGGGUCUUUUUGCCGUUUGGGAAACGAUAAUCAAACACCCUGUACUCCCCCCCAGUCUCUGGACUCGUCCCGGUUUCGUACCAAUGAUUCUUGCGUUAUUCUUUGGCUGGAAUUCGUUCGGUGUACUUAUUUACUUCGGCCCCGAGUUCUUGCUCGAAUUCCGUGAUCUCACUCCAUUACACGCGGUCGCUGAGUUCACACCUAUUAUUAUUUGCGGCCUGGUUGCAACGCUUUCCGCUGGUUUUUUCGUGGAUUGGAUGCCUGUGCAGUACAUCUUUUUUGCAGCGUGCUGUUCCUUCCUGUUCGGCAAUUUGAUGUUCAGUUUGACACCUGCACAUCAAAUGUACUGGAAGAUGGUAUUUCCUGCCUUUGCGUUGACCGGUUUUGGCCCCGACUUGAGCUUUACGGCGGCCAGUAUUGUCAUUUCAAACACGCUACUUCCUUCAGAGCAGGGCGUUGGCGGAAGUCUCAUCAACACUGUGGUCUUGUACAGCGCCGGGCUCGGUAUGAGUAUCGCAGGUACUGUGGAACACUACGUGUUAUUGGAUACCAAUAACGACUUACUAUUGGCCUUCCGUGCAUGUCUGUGGCUAGGUGUUGGUUUCGCAGGCAUUUCAAUUUUCAUUGUCGUCUUCUUCGUGCGUGACGUUCGCUUCCAGAAGAAGGAAAACACGGAAUCCGAUGAGGAUGAAACGAAAGCUGUCGAACCAUCCAUUCCAGCACAGAACAUUGAGCAGCAUUAA